UCCUCAGGCUCAAGAACCAGCAGAUCCCGCAGAGGCCAUGUACAACCUAAGCUGUUACAACCCGACUUCUUUCAUCCUUGUUGGGAUACCCGGCUUGGAAAAGUUCCACAUCUGGAUCGGGAUUCCCUUUUGCAUCAUCUAUGUUGUGGCUAUUGUAGGCAACUGCAUCCUCCUCUAUCUGAUUGCAGUGGAGCAGAGCCUCCAUGAGCCCAUGUUUAUGUUCCUGUCCAUGCUGGCCAGCACAGACCUCAUCUUGUCCACUGCCACAGUACCCAAACUGCUCAGCAACCUCUGGUUUGGCUCCCAAGAAAUUACCUUCUCUGGUUGUCUCACUCAGAUGUUUUUUCUGCACUUCAGCUUUGUAGUGGACUCGGCUAUCCUGUUAGCCAUGGCGUUUGAUCGCUACGUGGCUAUUUGCUUGCCCUUGAGGUACAACACCAUCCUGACUCCGCAGGUGAUGGUCAAGAUUAUGGUGAGCAUUAUUGUGAGGAGCUUCUCAGUCAUCCUGCCAGAUGUAUUCCUGCUGAAGCGGCUGCCAUUUUGCAAAACACGUGUUAUCCCUCACACAUAUUGUGAGCAUAUAGGCGUUGCCAGGCUUUCCUCUGCAGACAUCUCUGUCAACAUCUGGUAUGGGUUUUCUGUUCCUCUCAUGACUGUCAUCUCAGAUGUCAUCCUGAUUGCUGUAUCCUACAUCUUUAUCCUCAGGGCAGUUUUUCUGCUCUCUUCCCAGGGUGCCCGCCAAAAGGCCCUGAGCACAUGUGGUUCCCAUGUCUGUGUCAUCCUCAUGUUCUACACACCUGCCUUCUUCUCCAUUCUUGCUCAUCGUUUUGGGCACAGUGUCCCUCGUAAUGUUCUCAUCUUAUUUGCCAACUUCUAUGUGGCUAUCCCUCCGGCUCUAAAUCCAGUUGUUUAUGGAGUGAAGACCAAGCAGAUCCAGGACAAAUUCCUUCUUCUCUUCUCUUUGAGGAAGACACAAUGAGUGGGCACUGAGAACUAAAGUUAGGUUACACCGAUGUGGUGACACUUUUAUCUCCUGCGCAUUUGAAAUGCAAGUGAUCAUUCUAUCCAUG